AAGACAGGAGGAGCGCAUCCAUCUCUCCGAUAGGCAUAUAUUGUUUUUUCUUAAGGAGUCACUUGACCCACAGGAGUUUCACAAGAAGACAGGGUGGCAAGCCCCGACUGGAAUCAUCAUGGGAAACGAACAGUCUACUAUUGAAGAAGUAACCGAGAACGGGGCAAUUCCAGAAAAACAUGAAAACGGAUCAGUGAAUGGCAUCUCUGCAAGCAUCACAUCUAAUGGACUGGAGAUUGAUGUAAAGAGUGACAUCACGGUCCAUCAGAAUGGCGAGCUGCCGUCUCCAAAACUCGAGACAGAAGCUCAACCUGAUAAUGUGACCGUUGAACCAGAUGCACAGCCGGCUCCUGCUGAAGAUGCUCCUGAAGUCCCCGACACACCCGCCAACAAGGAACCGGUCAAGAAACGCAAAGAGAAAAGUCAUGGUUUUAGCAAACUCUUCAAAAAGAAAGCAGAUCGCAAAGCUGAUGAUGAGAAAGCCGAGGUCCGAGAGAAAGAAAAUGAGAUCCCCAGUAAAGAUCAGCUGGAUGCAAGUCAGCUUCUCACUAAUGUUCAGCAGGAGACCGCAGACGCGGAGCCAGAAUCGGAACCUGUGACCGAGCCAGAGAUCGGGGCGACUACACAGUCGAGUCCAGAGGAAGAGACAGUUCCUGAGAGUGAGAACGGAAACGGUCAGCCCGCGGAACGCCGAGAGGAGAGUGACACCGAAGAGAAUCCAGUUAUGAACUUCUUUAAAACACUAGUUACUCCCACUAAAACACCCAAAAAGGAAACAGCCGCUCCCGAUGCCGCCAAAGAUCAGUCCCUGAAGGAGACCCCACCUGCAGCCGCCACAACUGUUGCACAAACAUCAGAACAGCCUGCAGCACCCAAAGGAAUGCCUGCUCCACCCCCACCACCCCCAGAGCCCCCAAAGCUGGAAACCAAAGGAGAACCCGCUGCCAAAGCUGUGAAGCCAACACAAAAAGAGGAACCAAAAGCUUCUGCAAAAGACCCCGAGUCCUCAAAAGGAAAGUCGGCUCUGAGUAAAUUCUUCCGGCCAAAGACUGUCAAGGAGGAAGCACAGCCGGCUUUUGAAGU